CAGUCUGAGCUCCUCAGGUUAGAUAACUCUGUGGUGACCGACCAUGUACAAGCUGGGGUUGUUGUUACUUGUAGUCGUGGGCUAUGUAUCUGCUUCAGCUACAAGCUGUGGCCCCAACACCCUGGACAAAUUUGUUUCCAUUCUCUGUGGCAACUACAGUAAUUUAGGGGACAUCAAGAAGGAUGUUAGAAACAGAUCACAUGACCAUAUUCAGAUAGAAUUUGUGCCAGUUAACAUUCCAGCAUUGUACCCAGCCUCUUCACUGUACCACACAUUCAGACGUAAUGGCGUCAUCAUCAGGCAACACAUCUGGGUCUGUAGUCUCAACACAUUCAGCUAUGUGGUGUGUCAGCCAUACAACAUCACAGUGCCAGUGUUGGAUCAGGAUGGCGAGAUCGACUACAAUGCGGUGUCUGACCUCGACUACACUGUGUUAGAUACCAACAUGGCUUGUACCAUUACAUGGAGGACGGUGGAGUUCAACUUAUUCUUCGGCUUCAUGCCAGACUGCACCAAUUAUUACGGAGGGCCAAUCGCUUCCUAUGGAGUCCACCUUAGCUGUAACGCCUUAUCAUCCGUGACGUAUCUGGACCUGUUCCCAGAAAAAUCUAACAACGCUCCCUACAUUGUGUGGAAAAUUGACAGCUGUCCUUCAAUGAACAACAACACCUCAGAGGACGACUAUAAUAAGCUGUGCAGCUGUUGAGAUCUAGACAAGUUAACACAAAUAUUUGAGGCUACAUGACACGGAAUAUUUGCUACAUGUUAUUGUUAUCUAGUGUGAAAUUAAAAACAUGGCGUUUGCACAAAAUUUUGUAUUCAAU